AUGGCUGAUAUGGCCGUGGCUGGUAUGGCCGUGGCUGGCAGGGAGGCGCUGGCAGGGGAGACCAGGCCAACGAGGACGCAGACAGCGCUGGAGCUGAUGAAGUUUGCGCUGCCUACGAUGCUGGGGAAUUUUCUGACCUUGAUUAACGAGUUCACCAACACCAUCGCCCUUGGCCACGCCGGGGAGGAUUCGGAACUCGCGGCCGUGGGCCUUGGCAACAUGAUGCAGAACUGCUUUGGCCUAAGCGUAGCCAUCGGCCUGACCAACGCUUUGGACACCUUGGUGAGCCAAGCGCACGGCGCGGGUGAGAACGAGCUUUGUGUGCACUAUUUGCAACGCGGGAGGGCCAUCAUCACGGCGCAGCUGCUUUGGAUGAUCCCCUUGCUGUGCUCCACAGAGGUGCUGCUGCUGGCUGUGGGCCAGCACCCGGACGUGGCCAAGCACGCGGCCAGCUACAACCGGAUCGCCUCCUUUGGCCUUUUCUUUGUGAUGCAGUGGCAGGCGACCUGGUCCUUCUUGCGGAACAAGGGAUUGCCCAAUGUGGGCGCUUGGGUGGCAGGCGUCACCAGCAUCUUCCACAUACUUUGGGCUUAUAUCUUCAUCCAUGUCUUCAAGAUGGGCAACGCGGGCGCUGGCGCCGCAAAUUGUACCACCUGGGCUCUGCAGUUCCUGGCAGGCUCGGUGAUUUUGACGUGCAAAGCGCCGGGUCUGGGAAGCAGCGCUCUCCACUUGCUGGGCGUGGGCAAGGAGAGCUUCAAACAAUGGAAGGCCUACUUGGCAAUCGGUGUUCCCGCCAUGCUGCAACUUUGCGCUGAGUGGUGGUUCUGGGAGAUUUGUGCCUUGGUGAUCGGCUACUUGGGCCCAACACCACUGGCAGCCCAUGUGGCCGCCUCGAACUUGGUGGUUUUGCUCUUCAUGCCGAGCAUCUCCUUGUCCUAUGCGACGUCUUCAGUGGUAGGCAACAGCAUUGGCGCCAUGCUUCCUAUGAAGGCUCGCCAAGCAGCGUGGCUUGCGGCCGGCCUCGACGUCUUGUUGUGGACCAUUGUGGUGCUGAUUCUCAUCAGCGCCCGCAAGGUUGUUGCCGCAAUACUCACCUCUGACGAAGUCGUGCAGGACAUUGCGGUGCAACUGCUGGACAUCUAUUGCGUCGCCGGCUACUUCGACAACAUUCAGACGGUCUUCGGCGGAUCCCUACGUGGCCUUGGACUCAACCGAGCCCCGGCCGUGGCAUAUCUCUUUUGCUUCUACUUGAUCUCGCUGCCGUUGGGGUGCUGCUUCGUGUGGCCUUUGCAGAUGGGAGUCUAUGGCUUGUGGUGGUCCAUGGUGGUGGGCACGGCUUUGACCACGCUGAUCCUGGGUAUCCUCCUCUACCGUGUCGACUGGACCAAGAUGGCACUUCUUUCGGAGGAGCGCAUCCGAUCCAACCGCAAGGAGCAAGUCACAUCCAGCACUGUGUCCCCGUCCGCGUGA